CCUCUUCUUUUUAUUCAUUUUUGGUCAAAACCGUCAUUAUAUUAAAAACCCUAGAUAACCACCGAGAAUCUGAUCUAGUCGGAAACAUUCACCAGAUCGGUCGUCUCUGUUUGAAGAGUGAGUUUUCCUCUUCUGAAACUAUCUAUCUCCAAAUUCAAACAUCUAGUUCGGUCGGAGAUUCUGAAUCCUGUCCUAAAAAAACAUUACCUUUUGUCAUGUAUUCUUCUCUGUUACUCCACGGCAAAAAAUGUAUCGAACUUCAUAAAUCUUCUACCUUUAGAGUCAUCUCAGUGAAGCUUCUUCAAAAGGAAUAUCCUUUUCGCAAUCCCUUCUCCUCCUCUGCGUCUACUCUUCAAUCAGAUUCAGUUCUGAAUCUUCUCACAAGCUACGGCUUCACAUCCACUCAGAUCUCCAAAAUCAUCACCACCUACCCACGCCUCCUCACACUCGAUGCUAAGACAACCCUUCUCCCAAAGCUUCAAUCUUUACAAUCCAGAGGAGCUUCAACCUCUGAACUGACCGAGAUCAUCUCAAAAGUCCCCAAAAUCUUAUCCAAGAGAGGCACCAAAUCCACCGGAUUGUACUUCGACUUCAUCAAAGACAUCAUCCACAACGAUGGUAAGAGCUCUCAUUCUUCUACUACAACAGGUAAGCAAGGGAACAAGAUGAGAAACGUAUCGGUUCUGAGAGAUAUGGGAGUCCCUCAACGGUUCUUAUUCACAUUACUCGUCUCAGAGAGCCAGCCUGUCUGUGGGAAAGAGAAGUUUGAAAUGUCAGUCAAGAAAGUAGUCGAGAUGGGGUUCGAUCCCGCGACGUCGAAGUUCGUGCAAGCGCUGCACGUUUUCUACGAGAUGAGCGAGAGAACGAUAGAGGAGAAAGUUAACGUGUAUAACAAGUUAGGGUUUAGGGUUGAGGAAGUUUGGGAAAUGUUUAACAAAUGGCCUUACUAUUUGAAGUUCUCCGAGAGGAAGAUCACUCAGACGUUUGAGACGCUGAAGAGGUGCGGUUUGGGGGAUGAGGAGGUGGUGGCGGUGAUGAAGAAGCGUCCGGAGUGCAUGCGUGCGUCAGAGGAGAAGAUAAGAAGCUGUGUAGAGACUUUUUUAGGGUUGGGUUUUAGCGGGGAGGAGUUUGUGUCGAUGGUGAAGUGUUUCCCCACUUGUGUUGGUUUGUCUGCGGAGAAUGUGAGGAGGAAGGUUGAGUUUUUGGUUGGGGAGAUGAAGUGGGAGUUGAAGGAUGUGGUUGGGAUACCUCCGGUGCUUGGGUAUAGUUUGGAGAAGAGGAUGGUUCCUAGGUGUGGUGUGGUAAGAGCUCUUGUGGAGAAAGGAGUGAUGAGUGGAAGAGGAGGAGGAGGAUAUGGUGGGAUACCUCCGAUGUCGUCUGUUUUGGCGUGUAGUGAUAAGGUGUUUUUGAAUAGGUUUGUGAUGAAACAUGGGAGGCUGGUGCCUGAGCUGAUGGCUAUCUUUGAUGGUGAUAAGGAAAAGGGCUCACAAGGACGCACUGCAAUAAAGAACGUUAAAGGCUUGUGUGUUUCUGUGAGUUGAUUCUUGAUUUGUUUUGUUCUUUAGUCUCAUUAUAAUUUGUCAAACAGAUUUGAUAUUGAUAUGGUGAAUGUAUGAAAAGCUUGUGAGA